GUCACUCGCCUACUGGUGGCUCUCGUAUGGGUGUUUUCUGGGCUGUUGGCUUUAUGUCUGUUUGUAUUGGAGACGUUGGCUAACACAGAGAAGCAGGAAUGCACUCCAAUGAAGCUACCCAGCCUCUACAUAAUCUUCUCAGCUUCAGCUUCAUUCAUCGUUCCAGCUGCUAUCAUGGUCGCACUGAAUGUUUCCAUCUUCUUCACUGUGCUCACGACGACUAGGAUGAAAUGUGUUUCAGUCGAGAGUGGAGAGUCAAUGCGAAUUCAUCGAGGGAAACGGAAGUCCAUCGCUGAAAAGGUGAGCACACUGAGAACCUGCUGUGUUUGUAAUCUCAGGGUUCCAUUGUCAUCAUAG